UUCCCCUCUCCUGUAUGUGCUGAGAAGUUUGGGAGCAGGUCCUGUCAGUGUGCUGUGCAACGUGGGGUUUGGAAGGGGCACCCCCUGGCUGUUGUGAGAAUGCUGGGGGACCCCAUGCCACUCUCCCCUGAAAGAGCCCUUCUUACCGGCACCCCCAAAUCUGGAUUCAGUUGCAAGAUGGUCCUGCAGGCAGUGGGAAAAGUGCUAAGGAAAUCGAAGGGAAAGCCGAAUGGGAAGAAGCCAGCGUCGGAGGAGAAGAAGUUGUACCUGGAACCAGAAUAUACCCGGGUCCGAGUCACAGACGUGGAGUUCAAGCAGCUGGUGACCCUGCCGCAGGAGAUCGACCUGAAUGAGUGGCUGGCCAGUAACGUUACAACUUUCUUCAACCACAUUAACCUUCAGUACAGCACCAUCUCAGAAUUCUGCACGGGGGAGACCUGCCAGACUAUGGCUGCCUGCAAUACACAGUACUACUGGUAUGACGAGCGGGGUAAGAAGUUAAAGUGCACAGCCCCACAGUACAUUGAUUUCGUCAUGAGCUCUGUACAGAAGCUGGUGACGGAUGAGGAUGUGUUUCCCACCAAAUACGGCAGGGAAUUCCCUAGUUCAUUUGAGUCGCUGAUUAAGAAGAUCUGCCGAUACCUAUUCCACGUUCUGGCUCACAUCUACUCUGCGCAUUUCAAGGAAAUCACAGCCCUGGAGCUGCACGGACACUUAAACACUCUCUUUAUCCACUUUCUCCUAUUCGUGCGGGAGUUCAGCCUACUGGACCCCAAGGAGACCUCCAUACUGGACGACCUGUCGGAAGUCCUUUUCUCGGAGGAAAACAGGGAGGCUGUGGGAGCUACGGGGGAGGCACAGAACCACGUGAAGGAGAGAUGAGUCCCCCCCUUAAUGUCCUUAUUCCUGUCCCACCACUGCCCCUUCCCAGCGUGCCCCACCCCCUACCGAGAGCUGGCUUACCUCCUGGCUUACAGCACAGGGGAGGAGGGGGUUCAGGACCUGCGCUGCCAGCCUUGGGGGUGUAGGAAGGGAGCACUGGCUGUUAUACCCCGGCCUGAGGGAGGAGCAAACCUCGCUCUUAUCUUUAGCAGAAAGUUGCACCGAGUAUCACCUUAUUUUUAUUUUGUGUUUGCGUCUGUCUCUUUCUCCCCUCCCCCUCCUUGUUUUUGUUUCUUUCUCAUCUCCCUCCCUCCCGUCUUUUCUUUCGUUCCCCCUCUCAUCAUGGGUGGCAAUGCCGUGUCCGGCUUCAUUCUCUUAUCCCCCAGGAAAGAUUUGCAUCUUCUAUUUUAUUUUGCUGUGGUUUUCCAAGAAAUGUCUGAGGCUCCUGAGUCGGAUGAUUGGGCGGAGAGCAGCCAGGGCUGGAAGUGUACGAGGCUCCUUCCUGGCACCUUGUGUGGCCUCUUGCUCCGGAAUUGGAUCCGCUCUCCCGCGCCCGCCCCAUCCUUGGGCAACAACUUCUCUCCCCGACUCCAUGGGGAUGGGGGAAAGCAGGAUGCUCGCCCCUCAUUGGGGUGGAUAAAUACUGUUGGCUUCUUUUAGUUUAUCUGUUAAAUAAUGAUAAUAUUAAUAAUAAAACAGAUUCUAUUAGACGA